AUGUACCACUCCAGCCAACCAGAGUCGAUCGGCUCUGCCCCAGCCCCAUCCUCCUCAGUCAGCGCUACUGAUCCUAUUGUGCUGUCCGUGUUCCGUCGACAAAGACCAAAAUGCCGUCCAGCCAUCGGAGACGCUGGCAGGAGCCUGCGCUCUUCUGCCGCUGUAUGGCCACCGGAUGCCAAGGGCCUUGCAUGCGUUCUUCAAGGCCGUGAGCGAUACUCCCUGCAGUACCGAGUGAGCGACGCCAACCUUGACGGGGAAAAGAGUUGCGAGAGUAUAGCAGUGUACAGACGGAGAGAAUUGGAGGGAGUGGAUGAUGACGAUGAUGACGAUGAGGAUGAGGACGAGCAGCAGCAGGAGCAGCAGCAGGAGCAGCAGCAGGAGCAGCAGCAGGAGCAGCAGCAGCAGCAGCAGCAGCAGCAGGAGCAGCAGCAGCUGGAGGAAGAGGGCCUUACAAGGGUGUCGGCGGCAUCGGCCUGUCGGAGGUGA